CACGGCAGGUUCCCAUUAUAAAAAGAAAACUAAACAGGAAGUUAAAUUAAAUAAAACUAGUAGUAGCAGUAGUUUGGGAAGAUCGCAGAGAUCUAGGCAUGUCCACAUACAUUCAGAUUUAGAGAAAAUCACGCCCUCUACUUUCUUAUUCAGAAAAGGGGAAAACCCUGUCUUGUUGGGAUGUCUUUAGUUGAGAUGAAUAUAGGCCCCGAUGACCAUUGUCCAAAUCCACGAUAAAAUUAAGGAAAAAGGAAUAAAACAACUAAAACUCAUUUUAAAGGUGAGAACAAGUUUUAUGUUUGGGACUCGAACAUCCAUCGACAGGCUUCCACCACCUUUUGGGCCUGGCGGAGGGAAUUUAUGUACGGAGGUGGUGGUGCUACUGGUGUUACGGUGGAGCGAAAAGCCUCUCUUUCUCUUUUGUUGCAUGGCAGCGUUUCGAGAUCACGCGUACGAGAGAGUGAGGUCCCCUUAGAAAUCUUGUCUUUUGUUCCAUUCCAUGUCGGAAUGGUUUACCAUGGAUCAAUCCCAGCCCCAAAUUCGUAUUCGGAUCCAAUCCCAUUCUACCGCUCCCUUCUCCGCUCCUGCGCUCUGGGACACUCCCCUCCCUCCUUCGGACGCCAGCUUCACGCCGCCCUCCUCAAGUCCGCCCUCCUCCUACUCCCCUCCCUCUCCGCCGCCCUUUUCCACAUGUACGCCGCCGCCGGCCCCCCAUCUGCCGCCCUCCGCGCCUUCCACCACCUCCUCCCCACCUCCGCUCGCUCCCCUGUCGCCUGGACCGCCCUCAUCUCCUCCCACGCCGCCCUCCCCGCCCGCGCCGUCCGCCUCUUCCGCGCCAUGCGCCGCGCCGCCAUCCCCCCCGACGUGGUCACGCUCCUCGCCUUCCUCUCCGCCUCCGCUCGCCUUGGCCACCCCGCUGCCGCCGCCUCCGCCCACCUCCUCUUCCUCAAACUCGGUCUCCCCUUCUCCGUCCCCGCCCGCAACGCUGCCAUCGACGCCUACGCCAAGUGCGGACGGAUGCCCGACGCUCGCCGCCUCUUCGACGAGAUGCACUGCCCCACGGUCGUUUCCUGGACCGUCCUCCUCUCGGGUGCCCUGCGGCGGGAGGGACUUGCCAGCGGGCGGGAGGUGUUCGACCGAAUGCCCCAGAAGAAUGAGGUCUCGUGGACGGUCAUGGUCGCCUGCUGUAUCGAAGCUGGGCUUCCCAGAGAAGCACUAUCCCUUCUUUCUCAGAUGCUCUUCUUGGAUAUUUCAGUCUUUUUAGCGACGGUCAUCUUCUCAUGGUGCGCACCGCUUUGGUCGACAUGUAUGCAAAGUGCGGAAGGAUAGACACUGCUCGUCGUUUGUUCGAAAUAAUGCCCCGCAGAAAUCUGGUUGCUUGGAAUGCGAUGCUGAGUGGGCUCUCAAUGCAUGGAAUGGCUGCUGAGGUGCUAAAAUUGUUUUCCCGAAUGGUCGCAGAAGAAGCAUUGCAGCCAGAUGAUAUCACCUUUGUUGGCGUUCUGAGUGCAUGCAGCCGGUCUGGUCUUGUAGAACAAGGUGAGAAGUUUUUUCACGAACUCGGCACAGUUUACGGAUUGAAACCCAAGGUCGAGCAUUAUGCUUGCAUGGUGGACCUCCUGGGCAGGGCAGGACGGUUAGAGGAAGCAGAGGCUCUGGUCAGGGAAAUGCCCGUCCUCCCUAAUGAGGUUGUAUUGGGCUCCCUCCUCGCCUCCUGUAGUCUUCAUGGAAAGCUAGAUUUAGGAAGACGCUUGAUGGAGGAGCUGGUGCAGAUGGACCCACAUAACACCGAAUACCACGUGCUGCUGUCAAAUAUGUAUGCAUCUUCAGGAAGGCAUUUCGAGGCCGACGGUCUUAGAGAGGCAAUGAGGAGGAAAGGAAUUAGGAAGGCUCCCGGUAUUAGUUUUAUCGAAGUCAAUGGACAAGUGCACCAAUUUAGUGCUGGGGACAAAUCACACCCACAGGCACGAGAGGUGCAUGCCAUGUUGGAUGAAGUGGUUCAGAGGUUGCGGAUGGCUGGGUAUGUCCCAGAUGUGGCCUCUCAGAUUCCCCGUGCCAUGGAUAAUUACUUAGAAAAUUGGGAGGAGCGAGAACAGGCUCUGUUAGUUCACAGUGAGAAGCUUGCAAUAUGUUUUGGUCUGAUCAGCACAAGGCCUGGUCUGCCUCUGCGCAUCUUUAAGAAUCUUCGUAUCUGCACAGAUUGCCAUGCAGUAAUAAAGCUGAUCUCUGACAUUUUCGGAAGGGAGGUCAUUGUCAGAGACCGAAAUCGCUUCCAUUGCUUUAGGAAAGGUGCAUGCUCCUGUUCAGAUUAUUGGUGACCGGGAUUGUGUUCUUCGCCCAAGCAUCCUACUCAAGGAGGCAUAUGGGAUUGCUUCGACUUCUUCUCUAACUCGGUUAUGAUGCCUGUUUCAUCAAGAGAUGGAAGUUGCUGGUGAUUAGUUUCAUCCAUCGGCAUAUUAGCAGGAGAGGAGGAACCCUUCCUGCCACAAACAUUCACCAUCAUCAUAUUUCCAGUUUGAAGGAAAGAAUGAGGUUCUGAUUGUUGUGUUUCCUUUCCCUCGCUAACCAACAUCGGAACAUGUCAUGGAUAUAAUCAAGUCAAGCAUUAUCGAUUUAGGGUUAUUUGGAUAAUCUGACAUUUGACGUGAUGCGGAUUUGUAGAGAUGGAGAAGCCUGCGGUUGGGACGAGGAAAUUGUUCCAAGGGCAUCUCAUCAGUGCUAUGGCAAUUGGUUUUGUUGUCCGGGGAAGUAAUGGAUAUGAAGAAGAUCAGGAUUAGCACCCAAGGUAGCCGUCAGCAGCAUCUAAAAUGAAUCCUCAUGGACAAUUUAAAAACUCCAUGUAAAUUAAUGAUGCAAAAUCGGCUUGUCGAGGGUUUAUCGGUGUCAAAGAUGGGUUAUGACAAGUUUGCCUAUGGUGGAGAGGUUCGGUUGAGGUUCUAGCAUCCAUUCCCUAGAGCAUACAUCUAGUCAAUUGCUGAGAAGUGAAAAUUGUUUUUCUUUUUUCCUUGCAUGUUUAUGUUGAUUUUUAUCCAUAAAUGUGUAUAAUAAUCUGACACCAAAUUUUGCUG